AUGAAUGUCAAUCACAAGUUUAAGACUGAUGUAUGCAACAAGCAAAUAUGGCUUGCAGCUUACGCAUGGAACAAGACGGAAUGUGAUAGGCAUUGUGAGGUGCUGAAACAGAUGGACCCUGCCAUUGCUACAUACGUCGAGCAAAUAGGGUUUGAAAAGUGGGCUCGUCCUUAUUGUCCAGGCGAUCGGUACAACAUAAUGACAAGCAACGCUGCCGAAAGCUUCAACAAGGCUAGUAAGUGCGCUACUCCUUUGGCUACUACUUUUGAAAAUGAUUUAAAGGAUCAACACAAAGAUGGUAUGUUCAGGAGUGUCCUUCGUAAUGGUGCCCAAUUGUUCAACGUUGGUACGAGUCCUCAAGGUGAGAGAGGUGGUGAUGUGAACUUAGUGGAGAGAACAUGCACUUGCAGACUUUUCCAAAUGCUGAAAAUCCCUUGUCCACAUGCAUGUGCCGCAGCAGUUAGUCAGAAUGUGAGCGUGUACACACUUUGCUCUCCAUAUUACACUAAAGAAACGUGGAAGAAAACCUACGAUGCCACAAUUAAUAUUGUUGGCGAGGAGGAUGAGUGGGUACUACCGGAACAUAUCAAGAACAUAAGAAUCGGGGUACCAGUGGAGAAAAAACCAGUAGGUCGGCCUAGGAAGAGCAAUGCAGGUAGAAGACCGACGAAGCGUCGACCUUCUAGUGGUCAGGUGGUAGUGGAACCUCGUCAUUGUUCGCUAUGUCACGGUUCAGGGCACAACAGAGCUACAUGCAAAGCUCGAGUUUGA